CACGGGGAUUCGCUCGGAGACCAUUUCUGUGCCACAGGAAAUAAAGGCGUUGCAGCUGUGGGAAGCAAUAGAGGCUCGACACCCAGGGUUGGCUGAUGUCAGAAACCAGGUGAUCCUGGCUGUCCGUCAAGAGUAUGUCGAGCUGGGAGAUCAGCUCCUCCUGCUUCAGCCAGGAGACGAAGUCGCCGUCAUCCCCCCCAUCAGUGGAGGGUAGCGCUCUGGAGCCCACCGAGAAAGACAUGAACGCAGCUGAAGAGAAAUGUAAAGAUAUAGUAAAAUUCACCACUGAGAAGCUGUCUGUCGAAGAUGCCUCGCGGUUGGUGACCUCCCCCUGCUGCGGUGCAGUGUCCCUGUUUGUGGGGACCACAAGAAACAACUUCGAAGGUAAAAGAGUUGUUAGCUUAGAGUACGAAGCCUACGUGCCGAUGGCGGAGAACGAAGUCCGCAGACUCUGCAGGGACCUGCGGCGGAGGUGGCCCGUCAGGCACGUGGCCGUGCUCCACAGACUCGGCCUAGUGCCCGUGUCGGAAGCCAGCGUCAUCAUCGCCGUGUCCUCGGCCCACAGGGCUGCGUCCCUCGAGGCCCUGAGCUACGCCAUCAACGCUUUGAAAGCCAGGGUGCCCAUAUGGAAGAAGGAAAUGUAUGAGGAGUCAUCAUCGUCCUGGAAGAGAAACAAAGAAUGCUUCUGGGCCACCAGCGAGUGACUGGCGUCCGUGUUUAGAGCGCUAACGCUUACAUUGGGUAAACUCAUCUCCGAUCCUGUUUCCAGUUCUCUUCUGCAGAAGUCAAGCGAGUUUAGGAUGAGGUUCUGUGCCGGAACUAGAGACAGGACCGGCUUCGGGGGGGUGGAAGAAUGACUUCAACGCAAGGGAAGGCAUCCGUGGCAGACGGAUCAUUCCGUGGCUAUGUUCUCCUUGUUGCUGGACUCACUGCCCUGUGGCCCCUUCCCACUGAGCUUGUCCCGGAACUCACCCCACCCCCCUCCCAGCCUGUGACGUCACUGUUACAGGAAGUGUCACGGGAGUGGUGGCAGGACUGCAGGG